AUGUUUUUAGAAACCUACGUCGGAGAUUGUUUGAGUACUUGCCGAGCACCUGCCGUCUGCACAACAGUAACAACAUUGCCUCGUAUCACCCCUCAACGCUUCAAGUCCAUCCUUCCAUUGUUCAGUGCAUUCCAACUAAGACCACAGAGGGUGACAGCCGCCCUACGUGGAGGAGACGAAAUGCGGCUUGAGCACCAGUCGGGUGAUGUGCUGCUACAUACAAAUUCACUCCCAUUUCAGCAGUUUCUGCCCAACCAAUUCAGAAACCACAGGGUUUCACGUGGAAAGGAGGGUUUCUGGAUAGAUUUAUCCUACCAACAGAGGCAACGGAAACUGGACUUUGAAUAUUCUCGCUUCCCAUCAGACCCUGAAUCACUCUGGUCACACAGUGUCAUUAGGGAGAUCCCAACGUGGCGACGACAGUGGGAUCACAUCACAUCAAGCCUCCCUGGUGUACCCAACCCCCGGUCGGACUUUGGAAUCCUAAGACCCCCUUGCACUGAGUGGGCACUGGGCAGUGAUGCUCGCUACCCAUUAGACGGUCACAUAAAUGACCAACUGCCGCAAACAAUUGUGGCGGCGAGCUUUGUGCCCCUUUAUUCUCAAAUGGAAUUGCCAACAUAUACACACAUCGUUGACUGGAGCUUUUCAAGUCUCAAUCUGACCACGACGAUCGUGAAAGCGUGCAUUAACCAAACGGCGAGGGAGAGGCAAGUACAAACUCCAGGUCAACUUUCCCUGAAGUUUUGUUCCAGUCCAGGUGAAUGCCCCGUCGAGUCGCCAUUUGAGCUCCAGCAGUGGCUCGUCUUUCGUCUCCAUUUCCGCAAUCUCUCAUCGACAUCACUCAUCCGCAUGGCCAAAGACAGCCCCGCCCACUGGACCACUGAAGAUGAGGUUGUCCUCAUCGACUUCUUACUGUUGCAUGCCACUGCUGCUGGUGAUGGCGGCAACUUCAAGAUGGUUACAUUCAACGCUGCUGCACCCGUCGCCGACGCGAAGCGAGUUAAGGGAGGCCCCAAAACUGCGAAGGCUUGUCAGAACAAAUACAACUCGCUUCGUCAAAUCUUUCGUGUCAUCCAGGCCAUUAAGAACAGGUCUGGCUGGACCUGGAAUGACGACACUGGUGCUUCAAUCACUCCGGAGAUGGAGGAUGCUUGGUCAGACUUCCUCAGGGUUCACAAGGAGGCUAAACCUUUCAAGAACCAGGGUUGGGCUCACCUCGAGAAGGUCUCGCGGCUCAUGCCUGCUACUGUGAAGGGCGGCCAUGUUUUCCGCCCGUCUCAGGGCAUUUCCGGCAUGGAUCCUUUUGACGAGGAUGAUGACGACCUCCCACCCUUCCCUGAGAGCACGCAGGCAGUCGAGGAGAUCCGUAAUGAGGAUGUUGGACAGCUUGAAGUCAUUGCUCCACCCCCUACCAUCCCCUCCACCCCACCUCGAUCUUCUCGCAAGCGUGAACGUGCUACCUCUGAGACUCCUGCCCUCACGAAGAAAGUCAAGAUUACUGGCGCGGAUGCGAUCCAAAGUCUGACCACCUCGAUCAGUCGCUUCGGUGACAACAUCUGCAAAGUCUUAGCUGGCGACCCUUCCGAAAAGACACCCAAGCGUCACACCAAGGCGGUGAAGCUUGCGCAGAAGGAGAAUUGGCUUCCCAUGGCUGAUCGUCUCAUCCUGUGCAACGUCUUCGAGAAGGACAUCAAGGCUGCCGAUGCGUAUACUGCCCUUGAUGCUGAAGACGUUGAGUUCCGCCAAAUGUGGAUUCAGGAGAAGGUUGAGGAGGUCAAGGCGUUGAGGGCUAUUGUGUAA